AUGCCUCAAUUCACUCCUCUGCAGCUCAAAAUAAAUAUCAAGAACCAUCAUGAUCUUGGCUUCAACCUCGUCUCUAAACGUCCCGUGAACAUUGAACGACCUCCCCGUGUGCCCCUCCAAGAGCGUAUAUCGAGAACUGCCGUGCCGACGACCUCUUCCGCAUCUCCUGCCCGCAAAAUGUCCACACUUCCGCCCAUUUCUGAAUUGCCCAGUGCAUCAAUCAAGACGCAAAUCCAGGCUCUUGACUUGUUGUUCGAACCGUCGACCGAGUUGCACACGCUCGCUCUGCCGGUACUGAAAUCGAAACGGACUACCACAAAUUUGGAUGCCUCCGCCGAGACGUCGACAGCCGGUGGCUCAUCGAGCUCGGCUUUUGAUUCUUAUCCGGCCGUGAUACAACAGAUUGGAACUCUCCUCCACAAGCUCGCGCUGUCGGAAGAACCCUCUGCUAAGCAAAAGCUCCACGGCAUCCUUGGGUCGCACCCUCGCCUCGGCGCGAAAAAGGUUGACAGCGCACAAAGCCAGGCUGAACAAGCUUCUCUCAACGUGGGAGCCGCCGAAGAGGCUGAGAAGCUCAAGACUCUGAAUGAUGAGUACGAAGCAAAGUUCCCGGGCUUGAGAUAUGUGGUGUUUGUCAAUGGGAGGAGCAGGCCGGUCAUAAUGGAGAAUAUGCGACAGAGGAUCGAUCGCGGGGAUUUCAAGGAGGAGGAGCAAGAGGCGAUUAGGGCCAUGGUCGAUAUCGCCCUUGAUCGAGCCAAGAAGCUUGAGUCUUCCUAG